AGCUGCCGCGUCGGCGCCUGCUCGGAAGCCGAGUCGUGAACAUCAUCGCCCCCGUCGGCAGAGGAGCGCCUGGCCCGAGCACCUGUCUGCGCACCGCCCCCGCACCGGCCGCCCGCCGCCCGCCGCCCUCGCAGAGCCAUGUCCGCCCCCGCGUACGCCGCCGUGGACCUCGAGGCCGAGGAGCAGCGGCUGCCGCCGCAGGGGUCCCUGGCGCACUGCCCAGCGUCAGGGCGCGCUGCCCGCCUGGCGGCGCUGGCGGCGCUGGCCGCGGCGGCGGCGCUGGCAGCGGUGGCGCAGGUGCGCGCCAGCUCUGCUGGGGCGGCGCGCGCACAGGUGGACCCUCGGCCGACCAUCAUAUCGGCGGAGGGCGGCGCCCUCGCGCCGAACGCCAGCGAGGCUGCGCAGCUCGCCUCGUACGCCUGGGGGCAGCCGUCGUAUGGGUACGGGCAGCCCGCGAUGGGCAUGGGCGCUCCCAUGGGCAUGGGCUCGCGGGCAGCGUGCUGCGCUGGGGUGCCCGGGGGCGUGUGCUGCGUGGACUACCCGCCGGUGUGCUGCGGGAUGCAGUCGAGGUGCAGCAUGGGGCGCUGCGUCGCCGCCGCGUACGGUGCCCCGAUGGCCAGGCCCGGGGGCUACGGCGCCCCGGCCAUGGGAGGCGGCAUGGCGCAGCCCGGGUAUGGCGGCGGCUACCAGCGCCCAGGGCUCUUGUCGGGCCUGAUGGGGUCCCUCGGCGGCAUGGGAGGCGGCAUGGCGCAGCCUGGGUAUGGCGGUGGCUAUCAGCGCCCAGGGAUGGUUUCGGGCCUGAUGGGGUCCCUCCUCCGCCGCUGAGUCGCCCGCUGUCGUCGGCAGGAGGUGCGGAGAGGCUCGCGAGUUCCAGGCUGGGCACCUGCCCCGGCGCGUGGCAAGGUGGGCCAGGGGCCAAGAGGGCCCUUGCCUGGCAGCGCGCCCGGCGUGCACGCGCGCGCGCGAGGCAGAGAGGGGGUGCUUUCUGCUGCUGUUUUCUGUUGAAUUUGCAGGAUGGGGCCUUAAAGGGUGCUCCAGAAGAACGCGCUCAAAGGGCGCGCGCCAGCGCAUGCAUCGGCUUGGAUCCCCGUCGAACGUUGGCCCUUGCCACAGAUUGGCACAGAGGCCCUCGGAGUAUUUCCUUGUUUUUGUCGGGGAGAAUUUGAAAUGCAGGGGUGCGUAGGGUUCGCACGUGGUUGCCCAGAAAAGGCGCGUGCGGCGGCAGGCCUGGACAUCUGGGC